AUGGUCGACUCCUGUUGUGGCUCUGUCUGCUCUGACCAGGGCUAUGGCCAGGAGACCUGCUGCUGUCCCAGCUGCUGCCAGACCACCUGCUGCAGAACCACCUGCUGCCGCCCCAGCUGCUGCGUGUCCAGCUGCUGCCGCCCCUCCUGCUGUGGUCCCAGCUGCUGUGGCUCCAGCUGCUGCAGGCCCAGCUGCUGCAUUUCUAGCUGCUGCCGCCCCUCCUGCUGUAGCUCCAGCUGCUGCAGGCCCAGUUGCUGCAUCCCUAGCUGCUGCCACCCCACCUGCUGCCAGACCACCUGCUGCCACCCCAGCUGCUGCCGCCCCUCCUGCUGCUGCCCCUCCUGCUGCCUGCGCCCAGUCUGUGGCCGGGUCUCCUGCCAUACCACUUGCUAUCGCCCCACCUGUGUCAUCUCCACCUGCCCCCGUCCCAUGUGCUGUGCCUCCUCUUGCUGCUGA